AUGUUCAAGAACCAAGAUCUGGAAGACUGGCGCAACGUUAUCGGUAUCGAGCAUGGAAAUAACUGGUGUGUGUUGUCCAUAUAUCCCAAAGAUGGAAAGGCAUGGGGCGCAGCGAUGAAGUCGUCGUCGAGCACCGAUACCUCGCCACAGUCAGAAAAAAGCAAGCUCAACAAUGCUUUGAACGCUGCCGCUAAUUCUUUCGUUCCUGCCAAUGUACCACUGAAGAAACAGAUGGCAGCGUUUUCUGUGGUCUGCGUCAAUCCUCAACUUCUUCCCUAUGCGUACGGUUCACCCACUCCAACAUUUUGA